AUGGCAGACAGAAUGCUGGAAACCCCCGCCAUUGGGAUUGAAGUUUCAAAAGUGAAAUCAAGACCACCAGAAUGGAGACUAGAUGUGAUUAAGUACCUUGAUACUGGAGAACUCCCCGAUGAAAAAUGGGAGGUGAGGAAGGUUAAGAACAAAGCGACAUACUUUACUCUUAUAUGGGGUGUUAUACAUUCAAGGUUUCUCUACCCCCUCCUGAGGUGUGUGUCGUUGGAAGAAGCAUUAUACAUAUUGGCGGAUAUACAUGAAGGAGUGUGCGGGAAUCACUUCGGCGAGAGAACCAUAUUGGGAAAAGCCAUGAGAAUGGGUUAUUAUUGGCCCCGUGCCUUCAAAGACGCGGAAGAAUUUGUCAGAAAGUGCACGAAGUGUCAGUUAUUUGCAACCAUAUUGCAUUGUCCGCUAGAAAAAUUGACGUAG